UAUGCGCGUGUUAUGUAAAUGUGUCACCUCUGUGACAAUUCGUCAUCUGUGAACUUUUCUGACCUAACGUGAAUUUCAGGAGUAUUAAAACGCGCAUUAUACUCCUCCCACAGCAAUGAUGUAGUACGACUCAAACCGGCAAGAAGCUACGAAGCCAGAACAGGUUUUUCUCCAUGUCCUACUUAGCGAGGCGGUGUUCCUGAUAACCCACCAGAAUAUAAACCUCACAGCCACACUGGAUUGUCAAACGACGGACACUUGAAGCGUAACUAUUUGUUAACCAUAAAAACCGAGAUCUUAUAAAGGAUGAAUUCAAUAAGACAUGUGCCUUCGCGGGUUAAAAGCAAAAGGACGGAAACGAUUUUAGGAGCCGAGAGGGAGCAUUUCGAAAAACAGCAGCUAAGCAGUAUCAGUAAGGCCAUCAAUUCCACAGAGACGCCGCUGAAGGAGAAACAUGCACGCAGAAUUAUUUUGGGAACCCACAGAGAGAAGGGGGCCUAUACCUUCUGGUCAUAUGCCGUUGGUCUGCCCUUGCCAAGCAGCGCCAUCAUUAGCUGGAAGUUCUGCCAUGUAUUACACAAAAUCAUGCGUGAUGGUCACCGGAAUACUUUACAAGACUGCAUGAGACACUACAGCAGCAUUGCUGAGACAGGGUUAUUAUGGAGUAACACACGGGACAGACAUGGAUAUGGACAACUGGUUUCUCUACAUUCCAAACUCCUCUGCACCAAGAUGGAGUUUCACACUAAGCAUUCUGAAAUCCCAGCCAGUCUAGAAGUCACAGAUGAAGUCCUAGAGCGAACAGCGGGAACAGACAUCAAUAAUGUGUUCCAGCUCACAGUAGAAGUGUUUGAUUACAUGGAUGCAGAGCUUCGAUUAGCAGAAGCUGUGCUCCGCCAGCUCAAUAUGUCUAUUGCUAUCUCCACACUGACGUCAGGCCAGUGUAAACUAGCUCCACUCAUCCAGGUCAUCCAGGACAGCAGUCACCUCUACCACUACACCGUCAAACUGCUCUUCAAACUGCACGCCUGUUUACCUGCAGACACACUUCAGGGACACCGUGAACGCUUUCAUGAGCAGUUUCAAAGCCUCAAAACAUUCCUCAAUAAAGCUCGAGACAUGCUAUACUUCAAGAGGCUGAUCCAGAUACCUAGACUCCCUGACUCUCCACCCAACUUCCUUCGGGCCUCUGCGCUAGCGGAGCAUGUUAAACCCAUGGUUGUCAUCCCAGAUGAAGAAGAACUUGAGGAGCAGGAAGAGGAUGAACCUGAGACUCUGAUAGAUGUUAGUGAGGUGCAGCCUAGCAUGGCCUCUCAGCCACAGAGUGACAUAUUUGAUCAAGCAUUUGGACCACCCAGUGAUGGAUUUGAUGAUAGAGACCUUCAAAUCGAACAUCUGAAACGAGAAAUUGAACUUCUGAAAGCUGAGCUUGAAAAGAUAAAAGGAGAGGCUCAACGCUAUAUCACACAGCUCAGGUCUCAGAUCAACAGUCUUGAGACAGAACUGGAGGAGCAGCGUGUGCAGAAGCAGCGCACCCUGGUGGAGAAUGAGCAACUACGCAUGGAGUUAGAGGCCCUCCGUCGCCGCAACACUGAACAUGAGAGCAUCCAGACCAACUUUGUUGAGGCAGAAAAAAGAUCCCAAGCAACAGAGUUGCGUUAUAAUAAACUGAAGGAAAAGCAUGCUGAACUGGUUGCCAACCAUGCUGAACUCCUCCGAAAGAGUGCAGACACAGUAAAGAUCCUAUCAGCCACACAACAGACUCAAGAGGAAAUUGAACGAACUAAGCAACAGUUAGCCUUUGAGGUAGAAAGAGUCAGACAAGAGUCAGACAUGAAGUUUGAAGAGCAGAGGUUUGAUAUGGAUAAACUGAGGAGGGAGCUUGAAGAGAAAAAUGCAGAAAUCCAGAAAGUCAAGAGUUUAUUACAGACUUCUGAGAAGGCAGGAGAGCAGCUGAACAGCUCUGUGGCUGCACUUAAGGCAGAAAAGGAUAGGCUAACACAGUUUAUAAGUAAGAAAGAUGUCGAUCUCUCCUCCCUGAUGAAGGAAGCUCAGCUGAAAGAGUAUUCUUUACAGCAGGAACGUGACCGAACCAUCAAGGAGCUGGGAGAAUUACAAGGCAAACUCAAAGAGAAGUUAACUCACGAAGAGCAGCUGCAGCAGAAGUUGCUGGAUGAGCAGUUUGCACUGCUGCAGGCAACAGUCACUGAGGCUGAGAACAUCAUUCAGGAUGCUGUUGCUACACUAGAUGACCCCUUGCACAUCAGCUCUUCCAGCUCCCCAGAUUACCUUAUUAGCCGAGCAGAGGCUACGCUCAACUCCAUUGAUAAGCUGCAAGUGGGCCACUCUGAGUAUGUGAAGAAAAUGAGGGAUGCUGGGAGUCUCGUAAGGGCUCUUACUAAGUUUUCACAUCUUACUGCUGACACAAUAAUCAGUGGAAGUGCGACGGCACACAUGGCCCAUACUGACGACGCUGACCGUUUGACAGAGCACUGUAAAACUUGUGCCACCCAGAGCCUGCAGUAUCUUAGGAAUCUUAAAUCAAAAGCAUCUCUAAAGGGGGCUGAUCCUACCUCAAUUCAAGCAGCAGUGCAGAAGAUUCUUAGAAUAGGACAGGAUCUGAGGCCAAAAGGGUUAGAUGUUGGUAAGGAUGAGCUGGGUGACGUGGUGGAUAAAGAAAUGGCUGCUACCUCUGCUGCUAUUGAGGAGGCUGUCAGGAGAAUUGAUGAAAUGAUGAAUCAGACCAGGAAGGACACAACAGGAGUGAAACUGGAGGUCAAUGAGAGAAUCCUAAAUAGCUGCACUGACCUUAUGAAGGCCAUUCGUCUUUUGGUGUUGGCAUCCACAGACCUGCAGAAGGAGAUUGUGGAGAGUGGAAGGGGAGCAGCUUCAGUGAGAGAGUUUUAUGCUCGUAACUCUCGCUGGACAGAGGGUCUUAUUUCUGCCUCCAAAGCUGUAGGAUGGGGUGCAACACAGAUGGUUGAUUCUGCUGAUAAAGUGGUGUUGCACACUGGGAAGUAUGAGGAGCUGAUCGUCUGCUCUCACGAGAUUGCUGCUAGCACUGCACAGCUUGUUGCAGCCUCUAAGGUGAAAGCUGACCGUGGCAGUAAGAAGCUUGGCGUUCUUCAGCAUGCCUCACGCCAUGUUAAUGAGAUGGCUGCUAACGUAGUGGCUUCCACCAAGACCGGGCAGGGCCAGGUCGAGGAUAAGGGCACCAUGGACUUCUCUGGCAUGUCUCUAAUUAAGCUCAGAAAAGAAGAAAUGGAGUCACAGGUGAAGGUUCUAGAGCUAGAAUCCAUGUUGGAAAAUGAGCGUCUGCAUUUGGGUGAUCUCAGGAAGAAACACUAUGAGAUAGCAGGUGUCCCUCUAGAGGAGAUGGCUCAGGACAAUGGCAUGGGAGCCUCUUCACAUGUGACUGCUGCCCCGUCCUCUCCUAAACCCUCUAAGCCCACUCUAAUGAAGAAACCAGCUCUUGCACAAAAACCCAACAUCCCACCCAAAAGCACGUUGAGGUGAGCCCAUCUGGAUGAAGAUUUCUGAAGACUUGUUGAAUCUCAAAACAUCAUCAACCCUUGUUAAUAUUUUUUUUUUGUUCUAUGUCUGGUCACUCAAAUGUUUUUUCAUAUCUUCUGUGUAAGACCUUUGCCUUUUUUCUAUUUGAGAGUGCCUUAGAGGCUACAAAAUUUAAAAAUUGUAUCUUAGAUGUAGAGCUCUAGUACUGGGUGUCCAUAAUUUAAGUACAAUUUCAAAUAAUUUCAUUUUUAAA